GUAAGUGACAGCCAAGAUCUGGAUUGAAAUAUAUCAACAAGUUACGCAGAGCAAAGUUUCAAAUGAACAUUUCAGUACCUGUUCUACGACAUGGCUCAUGGGACUCUUGGCUACUGCCUCUCCCUUCAGGUACUGCAUCCAUUGAAAUUGAACUUAUAGCUCGGAUGGCCAUGGGGAUUGACAGAGAAAUUGAGAAGUUCGCCGUGGAUGUUUACAGGACUGAGAAUGCUGCGUAUGCUUUGCUGAGAUUGGGUGUGGACUUGAAUGAUUCUCAUCUCAGGAAACAGUUCUAUGUUGACAGGUCAGUGGUCCCUUGGUCUUACUGUGAUUCAUAUACCUCGCUUGAAUGUUUUCCACUCAACUGUGGAGUACCUAUUUUGUUACAAAUGGAUUAAGACAUGGAGAACAUAAUCCAUAAAAAUAAUUGACAUAACCGAACAUACUCAUAGAUGUUAUAGUUAACACUAAUCAGUUUCUUUCUACCC